AUGAGCACCAUUAAACACAUUGAAAAUGACCAGAGCUUCAGAGAAAUUGUAAAGUCUUCGGAUUCAGAGAGUCUUAUAGUCGUUGACUUUCACGCUACGUGGUGUGGGCCAUGCAAAAUAAUUGCUCCCGUGUUUGCUGAACUUAGUAGGAAGUAUACUUCAGUAAAAUUUGUGAAGGUAGAUGUCGACAAAUGUGAGGAAACGGCCGCCCUUUACCAGAUAACUGCCAUCCCAACCUUCAUCUUCAUCAAAGACGGAAAGACAGUGGACACU